AUUACUGAUUUCAUUGCAUCCCUUUCCACUCCAUUGGACCAUUCUAGAGUAACGAAUCUGGGAAUCUCUCUCUCUCUCUCUAUUUUUUUUUUUUAAUGAAAUGGUUGUCUUGCUUCUUGUUGAAUUAGCUAGUUUUAGAUGUUGGGAUUUUGCAUCCUUCUUCCUCUGCUCUUUAUUGCAUUUCAACUCCUCCUUCUCUCCUUAUUUCUUCAAUAUAUUAUUGCUGAAUACAAACUCAUUUCCUCAGAAUUUUUCUGCCUAAUAAUUUUAUGUUCCCUCUCUUGCUUUCUUUCCUUUCUCACAUUUUUUUUUUUAAUUUUCCCAUGACUGGACUUCAUUUACUUGCUCUUCCUCCUCCUUUGGCCCUCAUUUUUUCUUCCAUGCUUGCUCAUUGGAAUCCAUCAUUCUACUUUCUGCUUUCCCUGCUCUAAAAUGUUUUUUUCCUUCUUUUUCAUAGACCAUUCAUUUAACUGAUUUACUUCAAAUUUAGACUAUCUUUUCAGACACAGCUGAUUUUUUUUUUUUUUUCGUUUAGUAUAUUAUUAUUAACUCGAAAUGAGUUUCUUAGCAGGACUAUCAGACUCCUGGAAGCCUGUCAUGACUACCGAUACUAAUACUUUAAGCUAUUGGCUGAACUGGAGAUUUUUUCUAUGUGCUUUGUUCCUAUCAACUGUUAUGAUUGUGGCAGCCCUAUUAAUAUGGAAAUAUGAAGGUUCUAAAAGAUCGAAAUCUGGUUCGAGAGACGAUUCACAAGUUUCAGUUGGGUCAUUGUACGAGGAUGAACUCUGGCGGACGUGUCUAAAAGAAAUACAUCCACUUUGCCUCUUAGCUUACAGAAUGCUUGCUUUUGCUCUGCUUUUUGGAUUGAUAUUGAGUGAAGCUAUUGUUUCAGGAGGCAGGAUUUUUUUAUUUUAUACUCAGUGGACGUUCACAUUGGUCACACUCUACUUUGGGCUUGCAACUUCAUUCUCCAUUUAUGGUUGUUGUAGAAAACGUGAUGAUAAUGGCAGCUCAACCGAGCAUACAAGUUUAGAUGCAGAGCGAGGCACUUAUGUGCCCCCAACUCUUGGUGUGAACAGCCUCGAUGUGGAUAAUUCAGCUAAGAGUUUGAGCUCCCGUGAAGGUUUUCAUACUCGCAAAGCUGCUGGUGUGGGGGGAUAUGCAUUUCAAAUUAUUUUUCAGGUAUCCGCAGGUGCUGUGGUGCUUACCGACAUAGUAUUUUGGUUCAUUCUUUAUCCAUUUAUUCUAUCUCGAAGUCGUGGGCUAAGUUUUUUUAUUGUUACCAUGCACUCGGUGAAUGCUGUUUGUCUUCUUGGAGAAACAAUCUUGAAUGGUUUGCGAUAUCCGUUCUUUCGGAUUGGGUAUUUUGUACUGUGGACAGGGAUAUUCGUCAUUUUUCAAUGGAUUCUCCAUGCUUGUGUUUCAAUGCCGUGGCCUUAUCCAUUUCUUGACUUGUCACCCCCAUCCGCGCCAUUAUGGUAUGUUGGGGUUGGGUUGAUGAAUGUACCUUGUUUUGGUGUCUUCGCUCUACUGAUCAAAAUGAAGCAAUCUCUGUUGCCAAAAUUGUUCCCGAGGUCUUUUCAGGAGUUGAGCUAACAAUCGAAUCAGACGAUCAUCAAACCAGUGGGUUAUGAAGCUGUGUUUUCCUGUGAUCCCCAUCAUGUUUGCUUCAAAUUAUUCAGUGUUGAGAACGUAAAUAUUACACAUAUACAGAACAUAAAGCAUGAUGACGCAGGCAGUUGGAUGGAAACAUUACCCUAACAAAGCUCAAAUCUAGGCGGAGGAUGCCAGAUUCUGUAAGCCUGUUUUCAUAUUCAAUGCUCCUUUGAGAUUCUGGCAUCUUCCGAAUUACUUAUUUUCAUUUUCUUUUGUUCGAGUCACUUUGAUUUUCUCCCAACUGCCCGUAUAAUUUAUUUGAAGCAUUUAUGGUAUGGAAUGUACCUCCUGCAAUGACUUGUGCAUACUUUUUUUCAAUUAUUUGUUCCAAUAAAUUUAAAAUCUUCUUGUGUUCUAAA